AUGAAGGAAACUGUUGCUAGCAUUGAACUAUCUAUUGAAAUGAUGUCAGAUAAAUAUGACACUUUGCUCAAUAAGAUAGGCGAGCACGACCAAGCGAUCAAAGAUCUUGCCGCCAAAGUGUCCCAGCUAGAAAGUCACCAGAAGACCGAAGAAGUAUCGAAACUGAGGCAGGAACUCAACCGUCUAGAGCAACAUUCCAGGUUAAAUAAUCUUGAGCUACACGGCGUCGUGCAAAGAGAUAACGAGAACCUAAUGGAACGACUCCGUGAAAUUGCUGAUAAGAUAAACGUCAAACCUCCUUCAGUCGACACUGUUGAGGCAAUUCAUAGAGUACCUACAAAAAAGGGCACUAUUCCACAUGUAAUUGUGCGCUUCACUAACAGAAGGGACGUCGAAGAAUGGCUGAAAGCUAAGAGAAGAUUGCUCAACAUAGAAAGCAACGGAGAGCAGAUCUACGUACAAGAGAACCUUACAGCGGCUAAUAGGAAAAUAUUCAUGGAUGCUAGAAUGAAGGCCAGAGCACUGGGCUACAAGUAUGUCUGGCAUAGAAGCGGAGUAACGUAUGUAAGACGGAAAGCAAUGAAUCGGCUAUGA